GGGCUUUAAAAGUUGUCGCUCUCAUUAUUUCCUUUAAAGAAAAAAAGAAAAUAACCACCCCGUGCUGCUGUUAGUUCCUCGGCUGACUUUUUUCCUCCUCCGGAGAGGCGGGGUAGCGCGAGGAAAGGAGUGAAGAAAAUAAGAGGCAUUUCCUCCCCGCGGGAGCGACAGCCGAUUCUCCGGCCAGCAGGAGCGGCGUUGGCAGCCGCCGCGGGCGCCGGGCCGCGCCGGUCCCACCAUGCGUGAGCCGGCCGAGAGCUGCUGAGGCGCCGGGCCGCAGACGCGGAGUUGGAGGGCAGGCGGCGGGCUUCGGCGCUCGCGGACCAGUGCUGUCCCCCGGCGGGCGACGGCGGCGGCGGCGGGAUGGAGCCGGUGACCGCGCCCCGGCCGGACAUGGCGCCGGAGCUGACCCCCGAGGAGGAGCAGGCUACCAAGCAGUUUCUUGAGGAGAUCAACAAGUGGACAGUUCAGUACAAUGUUUCUCCACUCUCUUGGAACGUGGCUGUCAAGUUCCUCAUGGCCAGAAAAUUCGAUGUGCUUCGUGCCGUAGAGUUGUUUCACUCCUACAGAGAAACAAGAAGGAAGGAAGGCAUUGUGAAGCUGAAACCUCAUGAGGAACCUCUCCGUUCUGAGAUCCUCAGUGGAAAAUUUACCAUCUUGAAUGUUCGAGAUCCAACUGGAGCCUCCAUUGCCCUUUUCACUGCCAGGCUACAUCAUCCUCACAAGUCCGUCCAACACGUGGUACUUCAGGCCUUGUUUUACUUGCUGGACAGAGCUGUGGACAGCUUUGAAACUCAAAGGAAUGGAUUGGUGUUUAUCUAUGACAUGUGUGGUUCCAAUUAUGCCAACUUCGAGCUAGAUCUUGGCAAGAAAGUCCUAAACCUGCUGAAGGGAGCAUUUCCGGCUCGUUUAAAGAAGGUGCUGAUUGUAGGAGCACCCAUAUGGUUCCGAGUGCCGUAUUCUAUCAUCAGCCUGCUCCUGAAGGACAAAGUCCGGGAGAGGAUUCAGAUAUUAAAGACGUCUGAAGUUACCCAGCAUCUGCCUAGGGAGUGCCUUCCAGAAAAUCUGGGUGGGUUCGUCAAAAUUGACCUUGCCACUUGGAAUUUCCAGUUCCUGCCCCAAGUGAAUGGCCACCCAGAUCCCUUCGAUGAGAUCAUCCUGUUUUCCCUACCUCCUGCCUUAGACUGGGACUCAGUACAUGUUCCAGGUCCCCAUGCCAUGACCAUCCAAGAGUUGGUAGACUAUGUUAAUACCAGGCAAAAGCGGGGCAUAUACGAGGAAUAUGAAGACAUCCGUCGUGAGAACCCUGUUGGCACUUUCCACUGUUCCAUGUCUCCCGGAAACCUAGAGAAAAACCGAUACGGAGAUGUACCCUGCCUGGACCAAACAAGAGUGAAGCUGACAAAACGAAGUGGCCACACUCAGACAGAUUACAUCAAUGCCAGUUUCAUGGAUGGCUACAAGCAGAAGAAUGCUUAUAUUGGUACACAAGGCCCUUUGGAGAAUACCUAUCGUGACUUCUGGCUCAUGGUUUGGGAGCAAAAAGUUUUGGUGAUUGUAAUGACCACCCGCUUCGAGGAAGGCGGAAGGAGAAAAUGUGGACAGUACUGGCCUUUAGAAAAAGACUCUCGGAUCCGAUUUGGAUUCCUCACGGUGACUAAUCUAGGAGUGGAGAACAUGAACCAUUAUAAGAAAACAACUCUAGAAAUUCACAACACAGAGGAGCGGCAGAAACGCCAGGUGACCCACUUCCAGUUCCUGAGCUGGCCAGAUUAUGGUGUCCCUUCCUCAGCAGCUUCCCUCAUUGACUUUCUGAGAGUGGUCAGAAACCAGCAGAGCCUGGCUGUUGGCAGCCUGGGAGCACGGUCCAAAGGGCAGUACCCCGAGCCACCCAUUGUGGUACAUUGCAGUGCAGGCAUUGGCAGGACAGGUACCUUCUGCUCACUGGACAUCUGCCUGGCACAGCUGGAGGAGCUUGGCACCCUUAAUGUGUUCCAGACAGUGUCGCGCAUGAGGACACAGAGGGCCUUCAGUAUCCAGACCCCUGAGCAGUACUACUUUUGCUACAAGGCCAUUCUGGAAUUUGCAGAGAAGGAAGGAAUGGUUCCCUCUGGUCACAGCCUGUUGGCCAUGGAGGGUCAGUAGCUGUUCCACGAGUUUCCACCUGCUGGCCAGCCUUCCUUAAACGACCCUGGACACCGCUGAGCCUAUGGGUUGCCAUCAGCUAGGCUGAAGCCAUGGAUCAACCUCUUUCUUGUGUCUCCCAGCGCACAUGUGCACGCAAGGCAGCCUUUCCCUUUGGCUAGAUAAAUGUGGUGAAAUUGCCACUAGAAAGGGCCAGCAGCAAUGUGUUCUUUAUUCCUAGCACCCGCUAUUGAACUGUGCCUUACUAAAACCAAAUUGUGGCUAUUGAUUUUUGCCAGGGUCCCUGAGGUAAGUGGGGAAGGAACCCCCAUCUCCCAAUGCCAUUCUUCUAGAAGUCUCCUCCUUCCCUUUGCUAGGAUUUGACAGGGAGGUUUGGUGAGCAUUCAUCUUCCUGCCCAGAGAGCUUGACCAAGUUACAUAUUCUAGAGAAUAUCCCGAGUGCCAAGCACGUUUAUACAUAGGGCGUGUAUUCCAGUCUUUUCUGUCCUUCUGUGUGUGUGCGCGUGUACGUAUGUGCACUUAUGUGUAUGGAUCCAUAUGUAUGUGUGUAUAUAAUAUAUACUGUAUGUGAUAAUAUGGUUGUAUUCUAUAAAUACAUAUACACACAGAUACUCUUUGUAGAUGUUCCUGGGGCUUCAACUCACAGUUGAGCAUUCUUUGCUUCUUGGACCUUGCUGACUAGUCUGAACUAGCUGGGAUUGGGGAUCAUGCUCCUGUUGUCAGACAGCAGAGUGAUAGAAGACAACACAUACUUUUUUCCCAGCCACAGGCUCCUCUUCCUUAAUGACAUCUUUCCCUUUGGACUCAAUGCUUGUUGGAGCCAAAAAUACUGACGACGGUAACACUGGUUCACUUUAGCAUGGGUUGUCCUCCAUCUAACAAAUUUUCUGUUUACCUUGCUGAUUUGGGGAACAGACCUCCACUGUGAUUCCAGACUCUGUCUUACUUACCCCAGCAAUGGGGUCCAAGGCUAGAGAUGAAUUUACAGAGCUGCCAGAGCCAAAAGUAAUCGGUACGAAAUCUUAAAAGAAAGGAGAAUCCUGGAGUGACCGAGAGGAACCUACCAUGAAACUCCCUUCCUGGGAGGACAAGCUGGGGCCCCUUUUUCUUUCAUUGAAAGACCCUUUCUUUGUGUAACUCUUCCUAGUCGACUGAGAUGCCCAGUUCUCCUUGCCUGCUAGCCUGCCAGAUCCUAGACCUCAAACUAGAUGUGUUCUAUGUCCUUAUAAAGUAUAAUAAUCCCCUUGGCUGGAUGAGGUAGUUCCUUGCAAUCACUGGUCCCCUACCCAUCCAGCUUGAUCCUGUCUUUUCCCAGUCUGAUUCGCCAGGAAUAGAAUCAAGAGUUCUCAACACUCAGUGUUCACACAAAACUCCACUGAGCCCCCCUAAAUCUUCCCCUACUCCAGAUGAUGAGGUUGGCAGCUGGUCAGACCCAAUAAUUUUAUACUGUAAUAAGAUCUUUGAAUGUGUAUAUUCUUAUUUUUUACAAUCAUUUCAUUUUGUAUUUAACAUCAAUGGACUGAGUCAGAUUCAGUAAAUAAUUGUAAUGUUCAUAUUCAAUAUCUUAUAGUGGUACAGUUUUGUAUUUACAUAUAAAUAUACCAACAUGAUUAAA